UUGAUUAAAUCCCUAAUCAGAUAUAAAACAUUCCAUAUAUUAAUUAAUUUUAUAAUGGGCUGCAAUUAUAGGGCCCACAAAACAAUUAGCUAUCCCCAAAUUCUUGUUUUUUCCGUUGCCGAAAAAAAUCAUUUCUUGAGUGCCUAAUCAGUAAUCACAGCAAUUGCCGAACAUCACCAAAACCGAUCGCACACACGAUGUCGUAUUCUUUCGCCGCCUCGCUCGAUCAAUUCGGUGUUGACUCGCCGGUAUCCGCCGGGACUCAUUCGUUUGACGACGGCUACUCGUUUUCCAACUUCGAUUCUACCGUCGCCGACUCUCCCCCGCCGAUCUACGUCUCCGGCGGAGAGUUCAUUGAUCCGGCGUUUUUCUCGUCGGAAACAAAGGAAAACGGCCCGAUUCUACCGCCGCCGGCCGAGAUGGAGCACGAGGAGAGCUAUGCGCUCAGAGAAUGGAGAAGACAAAACACUAUUCGGUUAGAGGAGAAGGAGAAGAGGCAGAAGGAAUUGUUGAGCCAAAUCAUAGUUGAAGCUGACGAGUACAAGGUUGAAUUUCAUAGAAAGAGGCAAAUUAUCUCCGAAAACAACAGAGCGACUAACCGUGAAAAGGAGCAGGUACUUGUUGCGAAGCUGGAGAAAUUCCAUGCUGAAGCUGACAAGGAUUAUUGGAAGUCCAUAGCAGAGCUGAUUCCCAAGGAGGUUCCCACAAUAGAGAAAAGAAAAGGCAAGAAAGAUGACGAGAAGAAGGCGUCGAUAGUGGUGGUUCGAGGACCUAAGCCUGGGAAACCCACUGAUUUAUCCAGAAUGCGGCAGCUACUACUGAAGCUCAAGCACAGCUCCCCUCCCCACCUCAACCAGUCUCCUGAUGUGCCCGUCGUCACCAAGGAGCCCAUGGCCGUCGCGUAGCUAUAUAUAAGAACCAUGUCGAAGACCAACAUUUGUUGCUAGAUAGAUAUAUGAGCUUUGUGGCUCCACAAAUACUACAUUACAUUCAACUGGUGUUACAUUUGGACAGCCUACAUACGAAAUGUCUUUUUUGCA